AUGAAAUCUGCCCUUCUUCUUACUCUCACCAUCUUGGUAUCCCUAGCAAUUGCCACAACUGCAUUGAAAUGUUACAGUGGCAUUCAACAAACAGGCACUGGUACCAUUACAACAAUUAUUGAAGUUAGUAACUCAACUCUAACCAAUUAUGUCUGUGCUCGUUAUGAACAAAGUGUUUCAUUUGUUACUCAAAAGGUUUUCACAUAUACUGACAAGGCAACAUGUGACAAUUGGUUAUCAAUUACCACAUUCCAAAAGGUUUAUUGUUGUAAUACUGAUUUGUGUAAUGGUGGAGAACAUGUUGUUGGAUCUGCAUUGAUGAUUGGUUUGGCUAUCAUUGCUUCUUUCAUUCUUUUGUAA